AUGGCUUCCCUAAAGCCUAUCAUUGAUCAUGCCGUACUUCCUCCAAAACUACCUGGCGAAAAAGAAGAGAACUAUCAAGAAAUCUCCGAUGAAAUCCUCAGAAGACUUAUUCGUGCCUGCGAAAAGGUUGAGAGUCUGGCAAGCUUACCAUUUGCUGAUGCUUUUCACUCUCUGAGUGAAUCUCUCCAGACAUGCAUGAAUCUCAAUCAAGGGCGUCUUGACCGAGACGCACUGCUAAAGCACUUUAGCCAACUUCGACCAAACACUGUUCUCAUUUGCUACGUUGUUGAACAGAAUGCUGCAGUUUUCAUAAGACUUGAGAACAACCACGAUGAACAAUUUGUCGUCAUAGAAUGCUUCGAAACUUCACCAACGACUGAGCAUGUGCUGGCCGCCGAUAAUGCCCUGGAAUGGGAUUUUCCAGGGCGUGCUGUGCGUUUGAGCCUGUCGGAGUUUAACGACGAGAAUCUGCAAAAAGCCGUUUCUACAUUUCUCGAAUGUGCAAGCAUGGAGAAAAUUCAAGAUCUGCAAGCUCAAACAAAUAAAGCAAGUGUGUCGGUUGCCGAAAUUCGAGACACUUCCGAUCCAGCUAUGAUCACUCAGAUGUUCAUGAGUAUUCUGGAGGCCAUAGGAGAAUUCGCACACGUCCCUCAGCUGAGAAAGAGAGUUAGAGAUGAUGUGAACUUCGUGACGGGCUCGCUGCCAUGGAGAAGAUUGCCCUUUUGGCUCGUUUUGCAAGUGGCUGCUCAGAGGCACCUCCACCUGUCACUCGGCGAGCCAGGAAGAGCAUGCUACAAGCUCUUGAUGGCCGUGUUUUUCUCCGAACUGCUUCACGAUGCUACAAAUGGCAUCGUUUCUCUCGAUAAGACAAGAGACCUCAGUGGAAAUUUGAAACUUGAUCCUAGCUUGGUCUUGACACUUCGCACAAAGCUGUGCCGUCGCAUGGCUAAGCUGGAGCAGGAAAGAGCCAAUCUUGUGAUGCACGGAGAACAUUUCGAAAGCCUUUUCAGUUGCACUGCGCCAAUGAUCACAACUUCUAUCGAGUUUUCAAACGAUCGUGUGGGAAAUCUAUGGAAUUACUUCAAGUGGAAGACCAAACGGAAGGUUCACCGACUCCCACAAAAGGCCUCGGAUAGAUCUCUCCAGCUCUCACUUAUGAAGAGCGGCAGCUAUCUCGACAGACUUCUAGACAGCCACAGAUCGCCAAUUCCGGUUACCAACAAUGGACCACUACUGCUUCCCAACCCCAUGGAUACGCCUGUUCAAGAGGUUCAUGCAUUCACAGAAAAGAUAUUCCUUUUGACACGAAUGGAGCAAAAAUUUGAGCUGGUCAAUCUGCCAAACAGAUUCAACACUGGAAAUGCCAAAAGUCAUUGCUGUACAUUUGCCAACAAUAUUCAUGAGACAUUUCGGCAGCUCGGGGAGAUGUAUGAUGGCGAUCCUCUGCUACAAAGCAUCAAACUUCUCACGAUAUUCGAACUCUGGAUGCGAAUGGACGAGUGUGCCCUUGUUUCCUGUCCCCUCUUGGGUGACUACCAACCGGUCUUUCCCCCUGAGCUUCUUGAUGCCCUCCAGUUGCCGUCUUUGACGGAUAUGCAGCGACUCCUAGUAGUCCAAACGUAUCUGGCUAAUCGUCAUGCGAAAGCCAGACAUGGUCAUAUAUUCAGCGUUCAUGAUCAAGAUAGUUUUGCUGUUCAGUAUGCGAAGCAGUCGGAGCAGAUGAAGGCACGCUUGAAGUUUGUUAUGAAGCGGUCGGACGCUGACCGCACUGCUAAGACCAAGGAGUGGGAAUCCAAAAGAGAUGAAUACGAAACCCACUCAUUGCAGGUCAAUACGCUGGUUUGUCAAUGUACGUUCCAAAACGGGAAACGGGAUGUUCGCGGUUGUACGAAAUGCUGGCACUGGAGGACGCGAAAGAAACUUCGAAUUCAACAUCAUGAAGAUUUUCUUCCGACGGACGAGGCGAAAAGCUAUAUGAUUGUAUUCGAACUGGAAAUUCCUAAAUUCAUAUCUGAUUACCGCGAUGCGACAUGGAAACUCUUUAGAGAUCUGGCACAUCCUACCCGUCCGUCCACCAAGUCGCCUUACACGACUCUAGACGAAUGUCGUCAUCUACAGGGCUUCAUGACGGCACCGAGGGGUUGCAUAUCUCUUGCGUCGGAUAAGAAGUGCUUUAGCGAAACCCAUUAUAGCUAUAGUGAUGGAUUGGUGUCUCUCAAAAGGAUCUUGUUGCCAUUUGCAGCAAACUUCCAGCUAUACGACCACGAAGCCAAGAUAUGGGUCAAAGAUCUAUCAGAGUCUCUCACGCUACAUCAUCUUUGCAGAAUCUAUGUUCCACUUGGGCUUUCAAGCACAGUACUAAAGCCAGAUGUGCACCCAGCCACGAGCUUGGAUGGACCAUCUUCGUAUGAGAUUCAAGCCAAUACUACCAAAUGCCCACCCAGCAUGUCAGUGGCAGAAUUCUCGGCUUACCAAAAGCUGCUAGCUGGCAAAUCACAGCGUUGGCUCAAUAUUCUGGUGGAAUUGGGCUCGUGGAAUGUGAACUUUAGCAGCGAGGACACUGCUUUGUUGGUCUCUCAACUAGCUAUUCAGGCCGGUCCAGCCACUCAAAAAGAAUCUGGACCUUUGCGCGAUGUGCACUCGGUGUUCAGGGAAAGACAUUUCGUUCAGAGUUUGAAGAAGCAAAUUCAGGCCCGAAUAGAUUCCAUAUAUUCUAACUGGAGAGAGACGAAUUGUAUGGAGCUUCUCAUCAAUUUGAGCUUGCGAGGUUUCUCUUUAUUGUUAGACACCGAUAUGCGUGCUGAGUUUGAACAGCUACUCAGGUCAGCGAGAGAUGCUACUCUCGGGUGGAUUAUGCCAUCUCAAGAAGAAUCGAGAAACACUCUGGAUGGAAAAGAUGCUGACAGAAUCGCCACGUAUGGGCUCAAGGCAUCCCUCCUUUGUCGUCGUACUUUCGAGAUACAUCUUGGCUCUGAGGCAGCUUUAUCCGCGGCUGAUCUUUCCACCUGGAUCAAGGCCUCAGUCGCACUUCAAGAAAACCGAGUAAUGACUGUCAACAAUCUUUCCCCGCUAAGCAGAAGCAUGAUGAUUCGUGAUGCGAAAAUGAUGUUUCGCAUAGACGGCUUGAUUCGAGCUGCUGUGGAAGCUCAUCCAGACGCUAUUGCAGAUGCUAUUGGAGAGAUGAUCGACAUCAAAGGGCAUGAAGCCACUGGCAAUGAGACGCAAUCCACGACAUCUUGGACGUUUCUCCAGUCCCCACAUUCACGAUGGAUUCGAUGUACUGUGCCUCAGAAUCAAGCAUGUUCUAGAGGCAGGCAAGUGCUUCACCUGCAUAUUCUUGAAGGCCAUUUCUUUGUGAACGGAAAACGGCGAGGAAAUCUCCCACUAGCCAUUCGCAAUGACCCAUCUGUCAAGUCCCUAUUUGGUGAUCAGAAUCUGCAUGUUUAUGCUUCAUCCAUGCCAGGCAUGGAAUACACUCUUGCGUACCCAUUCCAAAAUAAGCGCGUCCACUUUGGCAUGCGCGAAUCUGGCGCCAUUAUUCGAACGGAGGGACGAGAUGGUCUAUUCGAAUUCAUACCAAGCGAAGUUUUUAAGCCUUCUAGCGCGUGGAAUUUCGACUUGCCGAGGAGCCUGCUGGACAACUGCUCACACUGGCUGAACUUGGAUACAGGCAUUCUGGAAAUUCGGCGGCAGCCCUCGAUUUGGAACCGCCGACACAAAGACUGGGUGAUUAAUGUUUUCGACCGAUAUGCAACUCGUGGUGAAAGAGUGAAUUUGGUUGAUCCGUGCUCUUCAGAAUUCAAAAAGAUUGCCAAAAUCUUUGAACACUUUGAGGUGCCACAGAUGUUGACGGUCUUUCAAUCUUGGUCCGAAAGAGGCAGAUUGUCCGUUGAGCUUCGUCACCUAGACCUUGAGUUUCACGUCAACAGUAUCGGGCUGCUCUUUUGCAAGCAACUGAAAGCAAAUAUCGACAUUGACCAAGAUGCUGGGACGUGGUAUGGGCUUGCGAGCAAGAUCGUGCUUCGAGACGCCGCAGACACAAGUAAGAGGAGCAUCAUCAUACCAAACGGAAAAUUAUCAUGGAGGUCAAACCCAAACUACCCUGGCAUUCAUGUGGACACAUUCUUCCAAGCAUCUGAUAGAUACUUUCGGUUUGACAUUGAUCAAACUCUUGGUCGCUUGGUUUCACAGCCGGAACCCCUUUUGCUGUGCAGAAUGGCUCUAUGCCAUGCGGUCACGUCUUUCUGCCUCCCAGAUCCUCUUACAGGAGUAACUGGCACGGAAGAAGCGGUACGAAUUCUCCAAUCAGGCGCAGUUCAACCUUGGUCCCCUUCGUCUUUCCCAGACCUUGGAGAGUUUGCAGUUCUGCUCCCCAAGCGACAGUACUACCCUCCUGAGUUUAAACGUCUGCAGAGAGUGAAGUGGGAUAGCCACCUCACAACGACAAUCCAAAGUGACCAACUUGAAGCUCUCAUUCGCGAAAUUGAGAGGAAAGCUGGCAACUUGGCACAAUUCUCUCAGACAACCAACGCCCAAAGGGAGAAGUGUGUGGCAGAAGAAGCGUCCCAGCUACGCCUUCGCGCUCAAGCUCGCCGAUCCCUUUACGAACGUACAACGACAGAUACUGCAAUUCUAAGCCAACUGUACCAAGUUUAUGUACCUCGUGAUAGGCAAUCAACUUCCAGAGGCAGCCAAGUGUAUCAAGUCGCUCAGAUGAUACACUCGGAUUCCCAGCACAUAAAUAUGGGACGCAAUCUGAAACAGAUUCUUGAUGGCUGGCCUCAUAUUGGUGGUUUCAUGGAAGAUAUUUUAUUCCUGGACGCAGAAUCUCUCGCGAGCCAAAUGGAGUCACGUAUCUGCGAUCGCUGGGGUUCCCUGAUCAAAUUAUGCUGCAGCGAGAAGGACAAGCCAUCGUUGAUCUUCCAAUUGGGACUACUGGCGUUCCAAUCUAAGGCCAAUAUGGACAUUGUUCUAUCUCUGGUAGCUUUCUACUGUAUAAGAGAGCUCCGGGACCUCGAACAUCCCAAGCAUGCGGGUUAUGAACGUUUCAGAGAGCGUGGACCUCCUCAACAAGCACUCCUUGAGAAACUCAUUCACAGCGCAUUCUUGCCAUGCCCGGAGACGAAUGCUAAGUGUCUAUAUUUGGAGAGACAAAAGGAACUUGAAAAACACAUGGAAGAAUGUGUAAAGCAAGGUAAACUAUUGGCAAAGGAUAUACUGGCGCAAUGGCCAGAGCUCCCGGACAGUCUUAGCUUCGAGACUUCUCUCAUAGAUGUUCCCGCCGCUUUGGAUGCCAUUCGACUAGAUUGGAACCGCAGAAAACAAAAUGACCAGUUAGAAAUCUAUGUCGACCAGGUGGAUAGCAUUCUCAUCGCAUAUCGUCACAAAUGCGGUGGUAGAAAAUACCCCAACGAACCGCAACUAUGGGAAAGAAACAUCUCUGAUCUCUCUGGCUUCUACCCUCGGGACAUAAUACCAUCAUUUUCGCGAGAUCUCGUGACUAGGGCCGGUCCAGACUUGGUCCGGGUCAACAGCCACUUUGCAAUCAAGUUCACUGAUGUUGAGGCGCAAAGUGUUGAGUCCCAGAAAAAGCAGCGUAUCUUUUCAGAAGAACCCAGUGAACUUGAUCAGAUAUUGGACGCCUUUUCUAAGUCACCGAAUACUCUACGCCAGGAUUAUAGCAGUGAUCUUCAACGAAGUUUGGCUGCUCUACAAUCCACUGGCCAAACAGUACUCAGUACUUCCAUGCAGCCACUUCCAGGAUGUUAUGAGAUCACACAUGCAAUUGAGCAACUACGAGGGACGAUAGAAGCCUACCAGAAGUCGAUCCGAGAUGCUUUUUGGUCCGGCAACACUCGCUUUACGUGGCUCACCUUGGGAGACAUACUGCCCUGCCGAACCCCUAUCGAGAUUCUGUGCCUCCUGCAAUCUCGAGCUAACCAUUCAUUCGGUCCUGGAAUGAAAGAAGCACUCAUUAACUAUGGCUGCGCAAUUGCGGAGAUGCAGCGGCUGAUACGCCUCAGAUCAGCCGUUCUACUCAACGAUCACCGUGCUAUAAAUGAAGAGCUUCGCAACGUCGGCCACGAGAACUGGAAUCCUAUGGAAGAGGACCCAGAUUGGCUGUUGAUUGAGAUUGACAGCAACAUAUUGAUUCGUACAGAUCAGAUUGAUGUUGCACGAGCUGUUGUUAAUCCUGCCUCGGGCCAGAAUAGCGUGCUGCAAAUGAACAUGGGACGCGGUAAAACAUCUUGUAUCAUGCCUAUGGCUGCAGCAAUAUUGGCAAAUGGCGAGAACGUCUCUCGUUUGAUCGUGCCCAAGUCUCUCAUAAUGCAAACGGCAAACAUGAUGCAUUCGCGAUUAGGUGGUCUCGUUGGCAGAGAAAUAUGCCAUAUCCCAUUCUCUCGCCAGACCCCCACGACGGAUGAGAUGAUUCAACUGUACGAGCGAUUGCAUCGGGACGUCCAAAGAUCCAAGGGGUUAAUCCUGACCAGCCAUGAACACGUGUUGUCGUUCAGAUUAUCAGGGCUGCAACGCCUUGCAGAUGACAAGACCAAAACAGCCACAAUGAUGAUUAACUUCCAGAACUGGCUUGAUACUCGAUGCCGAGAUAUUUUGGACGAAUGUGAUUUCACUCUGUCUCCAAGAACUCAGCUAAACUACCCCAGUGGCUCAGAAAAGGAUUUUGAUGGGCACCCAUUUCGAUGGCAGGUCGCAGAGGGCCUUCUGUCCAUGGUAUCAAAAUAUAUACCACAAUUACGAGAGUCUUUUCCAGGAAGCAUUGAGCUGUUAGCAAGCUCGGGUUGGUUUCCGGCUGUUCAGUUUCUACGAAAUGAUGUCGAAGAUGAGCUUCAUCGGCUUAUAGUAGAUGAUAUCUCGAAGGGCAAAGCACCAUUCCUUUAUAUCAAUCAUGCAAUUGACAACGAAAUCCAGACCACUAUCAAGCGAGUACUGUCUGACCAGAGCUUUGACACAGCGUUAUUUGAGAAAGCUACUGGGCUUUUCCCCCAACCUGAUAACGCUGCCAAAAAACUACUUGUCAUUCGAGGAAUAGUUACGCGCAAGAUCUUGCUGCUCUGUCUUUCCAAAAGAUGGAAUGUGCAGUACGGCCUUCAUCCAGGCCGAAUUCCUCUCGCAGUACCCUUUGCAGCAAAGGGUGUUCCAUCAGAGUUAUCCGAAUUCGGUCACCCAGAUGUCACCAUAUUGCUGACUUGUUUGAGCUUCUAUUCGGCCGGACUCUCCUAUGAGCAGUUUCGACAAGCUCUCCAGAGUAUGCUAGCCUCUGAAGAUGCGGCGUCCGAGUAUGAGAAAUGGAUCUCAGAGUGUAACAUUCCCCCUCACCUGCAGCAUUGGAAUCUCAUAAAUCUGGAAAACGAGACCCAAGUGAGGUUACUUUGGAAGUUUUUAUGCCGAACGCAGGCCGUGGCCAACUAUUACAUGAAUAAAUUCGUCUUUCAACCUUAUGCGCGACAGUUCACUAUCAAGCUCCAGGCUUCGGCGUGGGAUAUUCCUCAAAAUUCUGGGGAGGAGACUGCUCCUGCUGCGAGGACGACGGGGUUCAGUGGUACCAAUGACAACAAGUACUUGAUGCCCAUGAAUGUUGAGCAAGAAGACCUCCCGGGUCUGUUACAGACAAACGCUGAGGUCCUAUCAUAUCUGCUACAGCCACGCAACCGAAAAUAUUCAGUCUUGGUUGAUCACAAUCUUUGGCGCCUCAGUGAGCAUGACAUGCUGAAGACAAUUCAUGAUCAGGGUAUCAGGAUUCUUAUUGACUCUGGAGCAUACAUUCUUGAGACGGGCAACAGGGAUCUGGCAAAGCUAUGGCUUCAAGUUGAUGGACAGGCACAGGCGGCCGUUUACUUUCAUUCCGACAACCGGGCUUGGGUUGUCUAUAGAGAUCCAGCGAAGAGAGAUACUCCACUAUUGGCAACAAGGCUCGCAAAUAACUUGGAGAAUUGUCUCGUCUACUUCGAUGAGGCGCACACCAGAGGGGUGGAUCUCAAGCUGCCUGAGAAUGCGCGCGCUGCAUUGACUUUAGCUCUUAAGCAAACCAAGGACAACACGAUGCAAGCCGCCAUGCGUCUACGACAGCUACGCACAACGCAGUCUGUGAUGUUUUUCGCACCUCCGGAAGUUGACAUGAGUAUCAGAGAUGUUUGCUAUAACCGGCUGCCGAUUAAUACUCAUAUUGAAUCUCCACAUGUCAUCUUCUGGCUCCUGGAGCAAACUUGCAGGGCCAACGAAGACUUGCAGCCACUUUUCCAGGCACAAGGCAAUGACUUCUGUCGGCGUACAAAUGCCCUGUUAAAGUAUCCCGACUAUUUAACCUCGAAAGAUUCUAAACGUAAUCUUUUGAAGAUACUGCAACAGCCAGAGCAUCAGACUCUGAUGCAGAUGUACGGCGACACAUCAAGGUCUUCAACAUCGCAAGGGCUCGAAAAUAUGCUCCCUUCUCGCCUUCAAGGUUUCACAAACAGGCUCUCUCAGUACGAUAUUUCUGGUGUUUACCGGGCAGAUAUUUUUGGAGAAGUGGAGCAAGAGCAAGAGCGCGAGCUCGAAGUGCAGCUGGAAACCCAACGCGAAACAGAAAGGCCAGUUCACUACCAAGCACUCAACUAUCUCGGACUGAGCGCAACCAUCCUGGAUUUUUACAAGGCUGGAAAGUUGAAUACCACUGAUAAAGAGAUACGACAUGCUUUUGACUAUAUUGGCGCCACAGAGGUCGGUGAAAAGCAUGAUAUCAAAAACACUGAUUCGCGACUCUUCGUUUCAAAGGAAUUUGGCCGAACCAUUAAGCUUCCUUUGAACGACCCAACUGUAGGCGAUCGCUUCUUGCGCCCCGUAGAAUGGGUACUCUGGAGCCCGUCUACCUGGACUGCUCUGGUGAUUAUCCCAGAAGAAGCUGAACUUCUCAUUCCGAAACUUCGAGUUGCCCGAGGCAAAGCAAAAGUUCAUCUGAUCGCCUAUGCGGCUCCUAUUACUCGAGCCAUGGUGCCCUUCAACCACCUCCGUUAUUAUUCGCUCCCGCCAGUCCCUCUGAAUGCUACGUUUCCUGUGUGGCUCAAAGUCGAGCUCGGCAUUCUGUCAGGCCGACUCUACGCAGAUUUUGAGGAAUGGAAGCUUAUUUGUGACUACUUUAAAGGCUCACCCAAGGGAAAUAUUAGCCGUGGAUUCCUCUUAGAGUGGCUUGGAGUCCGUUGCAGAGCUCAUGAUGUGCUUCACACGCCAAUGGGAUACAUUUGCUUGGACCGAACGGCGACUGAGAUGGACCCUUUCUUUGUCCAAAAUGCGACUGUAGCUACUCCUGCAAUUCCAGCUAUCCCGGUUGAAGAUACCGUCGAGGAGACAGAGGAAGAGAAGUGGGAAGAGGAAGAGAGUGAUGAUGAAGAAGACAGUCUCUAUGUCGAUGAAACCAAAGACGGCAGUGUCGAAAAAUACGAUAGUGCUGAAGAAGACGACAGUUCUGAGGAAAACGACAGUGACGAAGAAGAUGGUAGUGACGAGGAAAGUGACAGUAACGAGGAAUACGAAAAGUGA